AUUCGGUUCGCGGCGGUUCACUUCCAGGAUAGCGGAUAAACGGAACGAUAUUAGGAUAAUGUGUAAAUGUGUAUUAUUAGGGCACUCGAGGUUGUGUUGGUGAAUGCUGUGUCGGUGUGUUAGUGGAUGGAAUUCUUGAGUAAGCAUGGGAGAUUGAAACAGCACAGGAAAAGCUUGUAAUGGAAAACGCUUAAUUUUCCUUUUCCUGUCGAUUGCAGUGCUUCUGCCACGAGUCCCCGAGUAUUAUUUAUAAAGGAAGUGGGAAGAAGAAUGUAUUUCUACUGAGUGAAAUGGUGCUUUUUCUCAUUCACUGUACGUGAGUGAUGUAUUUUAGAAUUACUCGGAAAUAUCUCAAGUUCAAGCUGAUCAAUAAAUGUGUUCAAAGAAGAAAAUCAUAAAUAAAUAGAGCUUGCAGACGGGAUGACCGAAAAUAGUUCACAAGUUUUAUGAGUUGUUUUGAUUUCAAGUUUCAAUCUCUGUCCUCUCUCGUGAUUUCACUUCUGGAAAAUUCGUGGAAAAUUAUUUAGCCCCAGCAGUGUUCUCGUAUGUUUACCACAGUCAGCUGAAUGUCAUCACGGGCUACAACCCGCAGUGUAUCAGUGAAGUGUUGUGUUUAUGCCAAUAGCCUCGGUUACCCCCCUUAGAGUCCACCCAAAGCGCAAUGGAAAAAAGUAGCUAGCUGCUCAACACAAACUGCGAUACGGCCUAGAAGCGAUUCGGGGUACAUGAAUUCAAGUAACAGUGAAAUUGGGGCAUCGUCCACGGUUCUGUUUGACAUAACGUUUACAAGGUCCUCAUACCCGCACAAACAACGACGAUGCAGAAGCUACACUUGAAAGUGAAUAAUUUACGCAAAUUAAGGAAAAUAUGGAUACAAAUUUUCCUGCUCGUGUUUGUCCUGAGUGCGCAUGUCCUCGUUGUGACAUCUCAGCAGCAAUCUCAACAGCAGCAGCAGAUGCAACAACAAAGGGAAUUACAACAGCAGCAAUCACCGACCAAUUUACCCUCAUCGCCACAAAAACGAGGCGGUAACACCGACACCAGCAAGGACCACUGCAACAAAACGGUGGACAUCUACGAGGAUGUGACCUCGCCGGAGGUGACAAACACCAACCGAAACCGACCGCUCACCUGCUGGUAUCGAUUCCGCAGUUUUCGGGGAGCGCCACGAGAUUUUGUGAUGCGGCUGAAUUUCAAAAAGUUCAAAGUGGGCAACCUGCUCAAUGCGACGCACUGCGAGGGCGGCUAUCUGCAGAUUGUGGACGGAAAUGCCAAAACCGACGUAUCGAAUCGACGGGAGCCGGGUCAGUUUUGCGGCGAGUCCGAGCAGCCGCAAACAUUCAUCAGCGAAACGAAUGCAGUCAAAAUCGUCUUUCACACCGAUAAUUUCACCGAUCAGACCUAUUUUGCUUUUGACUCCCGGGCGGAACAGCAGAUGGAAGUGUUCAAUCGAUACGGCCCUCAUCCGGAGCUUUAUCCCAAUCGGCGAGGCGAAGUGGUACAGGGCUCCUACUGCGAGCGGGAAUUUCGCGACUGCCGGCUGCAGACCUGCUACGUCCAGUCGCCCGCCUAUCCGGGAAUCUACCCGAGGGCACUCAAGUGUCGAUAUCGGCUGCAAACCAGAUUGCCCUUCAUCAAGCUCUACAUCCAGAAUGAGCAGUUCGCCGUUGACGGUCAGAGGUGCGAAAACAUCAUGACGUGUCCGAUGAAGGAGAUUGGGUCUGGCUCUGAGCACUGCCCGUACGACUGGCUGGCCGUUUACGACGGACGAGAUGAACACGCUCCACCGAUUGGAAAGUUCUGCGGGAUGGGCAAAUUUCCUUUCAGCAUCAUAGGAACGUCGCAAUACAUGUACGUCGAGUUCGUGUCAUCGCCGGCGGGCCCUCUGCUCAACACGGGAUUCCAUUUCAAUGUGGGCAACUGGCCGGGCCACGUGGAGACGGUUGGGACCAAGCACGGUGCCUGCGAUUGGCUACUCAGCUCCGACGCACUGAAGGCGACGAGCGCUUCGGAAGGAAUUUUCCUCAGUGUGGCACAUUGGUAUCCACCGAACACGUCCUGCAGCUAUCACAUUCAAGGAAACGAGGGCGAAAUCGUUCGGCUGUAUUUUCCAAGCUUCCGUAUAAAUCGAAUUGAGGCACCCAUCAUACAGUACGAGGAAGAUUGCGCCGAAUCACUCACGAUAUACGAUGCCAACCACCCGGACCCUGCACGCAUCAUCAAAACGUUCUGCGACACGUUCUCGAGGCCAAUGGAGAAAAUCGACUUCGUGAGCACCGGUCGGUCGCUGUAUGUGAAGUUCCUCAGCAAAACGGGUUCCUACAGUGGUAGCUCGCUGUACUACUGGGCGCACUACGACUUCUUCAACAACACCAAGUACGGCGAUCCGGUGCAGAACACGCUGUGUGAUGAGGUGUUCUACGCGUGGAAGUACAACAAGGGCUUGUUGGGAUCGCCGAGAAAUACGCUGAUCUACAAGCGUGCAGCGGGAAGCGAUGUGCGGUGCCAGUACAAGUUUGUUACGGAUCGCAGGCUGUUCUCAAGAGUUGUUGUGGAAGUUACGUCGGUUAUGUUCAAAGAGGUACCAUACUCUAUGACUGCUUGCACCAGGUGCCACGAAGAACGCGUAGACAAACUGAUCUUGUGGGAAGAGAAAGAUAAAAAUCAGAACCGUUUAGCAUGCUUCUGCGACAACAUUCCUCGUCCCGUUCGAGUUAUUUCGUCGGGAGAUCAAAUGAACCUGGAACUGAUUAUACAAGGUCAGCACGCCACGACAAGUUAUUUCAAAAACCCAAAUACCUUGUUUGAAGCUAACUACGAGUUUGCACAUGGACCCAUCUGUGGUCCAAUUACUCUGGGUCCAUCUCCAGAUGGCGAGCUGGUCUUCCCCUAUAAGAAUGCAUUAGGUAUACAACUCAAUGAGAAUCGACGAGAGAAAUGCAUAUGGGAGCUCAAAGUAGCUGCCCAGAGAGACUUAUGGCUUCAUUUGGAUAAGGCAAGGUUUGCUGAGAAAAGUUGUGAACACGCACGUAUUGAGAUUUAUCUUGCCGGCAGGCUGGAACCACGUUUCAUAGUGUGCCCAGAGAACGUAACGCUCGCUCGUGAUUUUGCUAUUCUUUCGGCUGCUGAGCUGGGAUCUGUAGAAAAUGAAAACGAACCACUGCCAGUGCUGAUCCAGUAUACAGGUGACAGCGCCAUCGGUAAAAAUGCAUUCAAAUUCGUGUGGACUGAACUUUUCCAUCUGCCAAGGAAUGCUGACGGAACUUUGGCAACCUCGUCUAUGUUCAAGGACAGCUGUGACUUCUACUGCCCCGGAGAUCAACACGUGUGUAUUCCUGAGUACCUGCUCUGCAAUGGUGCUCUGAACUGUCCAAAUGUAACGGGUCUUCGAGUAGUCGAGAGCAAUAUCGAUAAGAACUAUGAAUACAUCGAAGAGAACUACAUCCGUACGGGUUUGUUCGAUAAAGAAUUCCUAUUGAACAUCCCGUAUCUGACAGAUGAGGCACCAGAACUGUGUCAUACCAAGUACGUUCCAAACACGGGAGACUAUCCGGAUGUGAUUGAGUGCUUCCAGUUCCCCGUCAUCCAGAUGGUAGUAGCUGGCGUCGUCCUGAGUACGCUGAUCAUUCUCGCCUUCACCAUAUAUUGCCGACUGUACGGCCAAAAAUAUUACGAUUGAGACGUGCCUCCCUCGGGAUGGAGAAACCGUUCUCGUCCAAACUUUUAUGUAGAGACCGUGUAGCCAAGUGAAACCCUUAGAAAAAGUUAAGUUUUAGCGUAAUACAAAACAACCAAGAGCAAGCAUGCCUUCAUUUUCCUCCCCUUCUCGAUAGUUUAUUCGUCCAGUAAAGUAAAACACACGACACUCCAAUUUGACGGAUUCAAGUCACAAACUUUAAAGUGCACUCCGAUGAAAAUCGACUCAAGAUAUUAGUAGAGAAGAGCUGCAUAUGGAUCGAGGUCUAGAGAAUUCCCAGAGGGACAGUUUUGCUAGCUUCGUUUCAGAAGUUUUGUUAGCUGACGAGAACAGAAAAAUAUAAAAAAAGACAGAACAGCUCUUCUCUCGGCAAGUUAAGUUUUAGGCAACAGAUUUUCCUUGUUUUCCGUUUGUAGGAUCAAAUUUAAAAGAAAUGAGACAUCCACUAGCGAGCAGAGUGGAGACCGAAAGUUAGUCAUUUACAGAGUAAACCAAAGAGAAGGACGCAAACACGUGCAGACUUGUUGUUGGUAGACAAAAGGUCCGCAUGUUUAAGUACGAGAAUAUCUCACCAGCAAGUGAUCAACUCCUUAUAUUAAAUUGAAAAGUAGAGAGAAAAGUUAUUUAAAAUCGACAGUAAAAAAACAAAUUCAAAACUGCACUGCACAAUUUGUAAAUAAAAGCAACAAACUGAACAAAUUUAACGAGAUGAAAUAGGAAAAACCAAUUCAAUUAUAUACAACUGCAGACAAACUUGUAGAGAUGAACAGGAAUGAUGAAGGUUAAUAAACACUAUGGAAAAUAAAA